AUGGAAACUUGUCUUGGGAUUGAUGCCUUUGGUUCUGGAGGACGGAGCCAUGUGAAGGCGAUCAAACACCAUGGAAAGUCUGCGUUCACAGCUGCACAGGAGUAUGAACUCCAUCAUCAAGCCCUUAUCUUCAAGUUCAUAGUCUCUGGCCUCCCUAUUCCAUCUCACCUUGUUCUUCCCAUUUGGAAGAGUUCUGGAAGCUCCAUUGGCGCUGCCAGUGGUGGAAUCCAUAAUCAAUUUCCAAGAUGUAAGUGGGUUUCUUUGUUUAUUUCAUUUCUCAGCUUGUUUAUGUGCUAA